AUUGAAUUUGUCGAACGACGCGACGAUGGCGCGUGCUUUAUUCCCUCCUGGCAGCCUUUGACUUCGAGUCCACGUUCGUUGCCAGCUGGUUGUUUGUCAAGGCGAAAAAAUCUCCUCCUCUCCCCUUUAUGAACUCCUUCAGCGCUUCGGAAUGGCUGCAUCCUCGUCUUCUUCCCUUUUUCACUCUCUCAUACCCUACGGACCCUCCCAAGAACCCUGAUUCUUUUCAUAACACCCAAUAUUACGGUACUGGACUCCAGGACCUCUGCCUAAUCGUUACUAUAAUCGCUGUCUACGCUAUUAUACGGGAUGUGUUUCGUCUAGGGGUCUUCGAACCGUUUGCACGAUGGAAGUUGAACAGGGAUCUUCAACAGAACUGCUCGACAAGGGAAUUGAAGCACAGUGACAGUGUUGUCAUUGGGAAUGGCCGUAGCAGCUUGAACGGAAAUGGUCAUGUUACUGUCAACGGUAAUGGCAAAGUCACCCGUCCCAACAAAAAGGAACAGCGAAAGCUUCAUCGUCGUGUUCUUCGUUUCGCAGAACAAGGAUGGCCGAUUAUAUAUUAUCCUCUGCAGACGGCCUUUGGUGUUUACAUCAAUCGCGAACUCCCGACUAGAUUAUUCAAUCCAGUCGACUUGUGGAUUGGUUAUCCCCAUAUCCCCGUCGCUGGACCUGUCAAGCUCUAUUACCUUGCUCAAACCGCGUUCUAUUUGCAUCAAAUGCUAAUUCUCAACGCUGAAGCUCCCAGGAAGGACCAUUAUCAAAUGAUGACCCACCAUGUCAUUACAGUAUUCCUCAUGGGGACCAGUUAUUAUUACAACUUUACUCGAGUUGGUUGCUUACUUAUGGUCUUGAUGGAUUGGUGUGACAUCUUUUUGCCUAUGGCUAAGAUGAUUCGUUAUCUCGCACUUCCCCAAAUCUAUUGCGACGCUACAUUUGUGUGGUGGCUCAUCUCUUGGUUCGUCACCCGACAUGUUCUCUUCGUGGUUGUCAUCUACUCUACGAUGUUCGACCUACCCCGACUUCAUCCAUGGAAAUGGGAUCCCCCCAGUGGCCACUAUCUCACCAAGGGCGCCCAUGUUAUGUUUACGUCCAGUUUGCUAGCUCUAGAGAUAAUUCAAAUAAUGUGGUUCGCGAUGAUAUGCCGUAUCGCAUGGCGAGUUUUGACUUCGGGACAGGGUGCCUCGGAUGACCGAAGUGACGAAGAAAGCCCCGGAACAGACGAAAAAGAGGAAUAGAUAUAGAUACCCAGCUCGAUAUUUAUAUCAGUGCAAAGGAUCUCAGUCCUCUAUGUGGCGAGACCGACGGCUGUAAAAGCUUCAUGAUACUAUAGAAUGCAACGUCCUGCUGCUCAUCC